AUGCCUAGUCAUUCUGACCUCGUCCAUGCUGCGUCUGACACGGCCUGCUCAACAUGUAAAGGGACUAAGGCUUUUGCCGACAUGCAGAGCGCAAGAUUGCCUGUGACAGGGCUAGUCCGGUUUGCCAUAACUGUCGACGAUCGAAACGAUCAUGCCAACGACAUCGUAUACGCCUAUCCUGGCCAAGAGCCAACGAUAGGAGAAGAGCCGCCGUGGGCCAGCCCCAGCGGUAUUCUCUGCCAAAAGGAACUGGAAGCAACCAGUUCGAAUUUAUCAAUACGUGGAUAUGAUGGACCCAAAGAUGCUCACGUCCAUCUCGCCAAAUCCGUCGGGGCCUAUGUAUUAGCUCCGAGUCUAUCACUAUCAAAUCAUGCUGGUUUAGAAGGUCGUGAGCUGGAACUGGUGCCAUAUUGCAGGCUACCAAGUUUGUCGGUAAAGCUUCGAGUUCACUUAGGGUUUCUGCACAAAUCGAAAUGGGACUUCAACAAGGCUUCCAACAUAUCGUUGCAGGCAUACUUUAGCAGGAGACUCCUAGUUCUCGAUGUUGUGAAUCGUACCAUAGGCAAUGUCAACGCUAGUAGCUUGGUAUCACUGAGGAAACUGCUUCUGAAAGCAUGGGUACAGCACGACUUGAAUGCUGAACAAGACAUGCCUCACAAGAGGGAUCGAAAAAAGAUCGCAAUGCCCCGGCAAGAUCAUCCUGAUGAGGUCUAUGAGGACGAUAGCUUUUAUGAAGAAGUCGAUCGAAGAAGACGAAGCAGAGAUGACCGCUACUUUGACCCAGAAUUUGGUCCUCGGCGCCAUUUCGUGGCACGAUCUCCACCCCCAGUCCGCGAAAUUGAUGAACGGGUGGUACGGCGACAUCAGCGCGAUCGCUCUGCUCCUGGCUUUAUCCGUGAGGAUGUCCUACCCACUCGAUACCGUGAUAGAGACCGCCAAGAUGACUUGAGUUUGGAAAGAGAGACAGAGGAGGUUUACGGCCGUCGCAGGACUUCGCCACCUCGAUUCCGUCCUAGAAGAGUGUCUAGGGGUGAAGAAGAUGUUGUGUCUGCCGAGGUGGACGACCGCAGGAGGAGACCACGCGAAAAAGAAAAGGUCGUUUUCGAGGAACGGAGGGUUUCUUCACCGCCGCCUCGAGAGGAAAUUGAGCGCGACGAAGUUGUCUUUCGCAAGCGUGAUCGAUCACUACCUCCUCGCCGAGCAAAAAAAGAUGAAGAUAUUUUUAUUGAACGUGAUAGGAAGCGCUACGAGACUUCCGACAGCGAGAUAGAGGAAGACGAAGAGGCCAUUGUUCGCCGUCACCAUCGCCCCUCACGACGAGAGGAUCGAGAAAAUGUCGUCGAGCGCCAAAGGUUGAGAGUUCGUAGACAUUCCCUUCCACCGCUUGAUGACCCUCGGGGAAAUAUGGAAGACGAGGAAGAUGAAGUGAUCAUUCGUCACCGAGAUCGCUCUUCCAAUCGUCGACGACGUGAGAGAUUGUUACCUCGGGAAGAACAACGAGAGGAAGAAAUCAUAUUUGAAGAGCGAGAGCGGUCGCCGCAUCGACGGAGCAGGCGAGAGGAAUUCGUUGUACGCCAUGAGGAUGAAUCCCCUCCCCGUCGACGACGGGACGAUGAGGUUGACGAUGUUGUCAUACGUCGCCGAAGUCGCUCCAUACCGAGCAGAAAAGAAGAGCAAGAUGAAAUAAUUUCUAGAGAUCAACGCCGUCCAUCGCCUCGAAAAGAAGAUGACCGUGAGGAGAUUGUCAUACGUCACCACGACCGCUCUGCUCCUGUGCGGGAAGACGAUCGGGAAGAAGUCCGAAUUCGCGCGCGACAUCGUUCUUCACGUGCUAGGGAUGAAGACCAAGAUGAUACAGUGCUGCGACGACGAUCAGCUGCUUGGAUUGACGUUGACGGUGAAGAGUUCCUCGUUCGCAGAGACAAGCAUGGUCGAAGACUCUCACUAGGUACUAAAAUUGAAGAAGACGAAAUAAUUCUACGUGAUGGAGGUGGACCUAGGGAGGACGAAAUUGAAUCCCGUCAUGUUCCAAGUCCACGCCAUAGCCCGGUCCGUUCUCAUUCCCGACAUGCAGAAGAGAAGGAGGAGAUCAUCAUUCGACAGGAAGAUCGAGGAGGAAGAGACGACGUCAAUAGGGAAAUCGUCAUUCGCAGAGACGAAGAAAGAUCGCCUUCACCGGAGUCCUCCGAGCCUUCUGUUAUACGCAAACCGCCUAUUGUUCAAGAGCUUAUUACUCAUCAUCGCCACAUAGAUACCAAAGGCUAUGAGACAAUUCCGCCCCUUCAACAACGAAAUCUCGAAGAGCCUUCAGUGACGGAAGAGAUUGAGAUAAAGCCUAGGGGACAUGCGGAGGAGAUUAUCUUCGAGCAUCAAGACAAAGCAAGAAGCAUGUCUCCUCCACAUCGACGGCAUUCUCUGCCCGAGGAAGAAGACAAAGAGUUGAUCAUCAAGCAAAGCAUACCCGGUGGUCAUGGACGAGAGCGGGAAAUCAUUAUUCGUGAAGAAGAACGCGAAAGAAAAAGAGAGCUUAUCCCAAAGGAAGCCCAUGUUGGCAGGAGAUACACCGGAGUCAGAGACAAGCGCGAUAGACGCUGGACGGAAAUUGCCAAAGAUCUUGUUGUUCGAGAAGCCAUUGAGCGAAUGGGCUAUGAAUUUGAAGAAUCCGAUCAUUUCUAUUAUGUCUUUGAAUAUCUCCGUUAUGACGACGUUGAAAGGCUCGUGCAUCUUAGUGGAGAUAUACGACGAUUUCGUCGUGAACGGAUUCGUGACAUACGCCGUGAGCGAGAGAUGCUUCCACGACCUCCGCCUCCAUUGCGUCUUGAAAGGGCACCUCCGCGAGAGCCACGUCUAUGGGAACCGCGCGAACGGUUUCGAGAGCGAGAUGUGAUUAUUGAAGAAGGUCAACGUCCACGUCGUCGUUACCGAGAGAUAUGA